CGAGACACGCACCUCUCUGGCGCAGCUGAGAGGCGUCUGCUUGGCUUUGCCUGUUCCUCCUCGUGCAAGGUGAACGAGCGAAGGGAUCGGAUCGCUGGACUCGCGCGGUUAAUGUUGCCCACCGAAGCAGAGACGUUUCUGGGCUCGCCCGGGAUGGAGUUCUGGAUCAGCCCCGCCACUUACGAUGCAGUCAACGGGAACACUGACCUGGGCGGUAGCGAGGAUCUCAUAUCCCAGGAACUGGAGGAGGUACUUUGCUCUGAGCGAGUUGGCAGGAUCACCAAGACAUACCAUGACAUAGAUGCGGUCACCACCCUGCUGGAAGAGAAGGAACAUGAUCUGGAGUUAGCAGCUCGCAUUGGACAGUCGUUGCUCAAGCAAAAUCGGAGUUUGUCUGAACGCAAUGAACUCUUGGAGGAACAGCUAGAAUUAGCAAAAGAGGAGAUAGCUCAGCUGAGACAUGAAGUAUCAAUGCGGGAUGAUCUUCUCCAUCUGUUUACCAAUAGCACUGAAGACAGUGAGCCAACUUCCAUCAUUUCUACCCCGUUACGAAGGAAUGAAUCUGCCCUUUCUUUGCAGCAGUGUUUCCAGUAUGAUGUACUCCAGCAGAAGCUUAAAGGGCUGGAAGAGGAGAACCAGAAACUGCGUACUGAAGCUACCAGCAUUGCCACAGAAACAUAUCAAUAUGAGGAACAGGAGCAGAAGCUGAUGCUCGACUGUGUGGAGCAAUUUUCUGAUGCCAGCCGGGAAGUUGCCGUGAUUUCGGAGGAGCUGGCUCGCAAGACAGAGGAUACAAUCCGGCAACAGGAGGAGAUCAGCCAGCUUCUAGCACAGAUUGUAGAUCUGCAGCAGAAAUGCCGUGUGUACGGUUCUGAAAUGGAGCAAUUGCAACAGCAGCUCACUGCAGCCAAAGAGAACCAACGGCAGCUUCGCAGAGAGCUCCAGGACUUACAGGAGAAAUACACAGAAUGUGAAGCAAUGUUGCAUGAAGCUCAGGAAGACAUUAAAAACCUCCGCAACCGCAGCCUGCCCAACAGCACCAUCCACCACAGUUCCCCCACCUUCUUACCCCUGGAUUCCUUGGCUGCAGAGAUCAAGGGCACAAUGAGAAAAGGGAUGGACAGCUGUGGGUCAUCUGAAUACAAGGCCUUCCGGCGGGUGUUUAAGACAGUAAAGGCCGUGAAACAAGCAACAAGGGCCAAAUCAGGAAUGGCAACACCACGGAGUCUUCCCCCAGGUUCUCCCAAAGCAGCUUCAGUGGUCUGCAGUCACUUUAGCACACCACGCAACAGCCACUAUGGUUCAGAUAGCCCCGUUAAGCUGGAAGAAAAGAGUGUCCUGGCUCCUGAACGUCUGGGUGAUGCCCACCAGGGCGUGGCUGCUACAUCAGGGACACCCGGCCACCAUGUCUUGGAAGCUGCUAUCCAGUGUUUGUCUGCUCGCCAGAAAAACCACAGCACUGAGCAUUCAUUCUUUGAAAUGGAGCGUGAAUGCAAACUGAGGCGCCUGGCUCGGGAGGCAGAGGACUUCAGUGGGUUUCUGACCCCCAACGAGAGCAUCACAUCUACCGGCACCAACUACUCAGGCAGCUCUGGGGGUUCUGGCACCUCCUUGGGCUCCUACUCUUGCUUCCCUGACAAGCUUCAAAUCAUUAAGCCCCUGGAAGGCUCCGUGACCCUGCACCACUGGCAGCAGCUGGCCCGGCCUCACCUGGCGGGAAUCCUGGACCCUCGGCCUGGUGUGCUUACCAAAGAUUUCCGGCAACUUGACACUGAUCUGGAGGAGGUCUACAAUCUGAAUGACUUGGAAGAAGAUGACAUGGAUGCCGGUGUCUUCCCUUCCCUUGCUACCUCAACACCUGCUAAAGCCAAAGAAAGGCCAAGCGUUUUUCACUCCGUUAACAAUCUGCCCCAGACCCCGCCUACUUUCACCAUCACCACCUGUUGCAUCUUGCACCCUAGCAACGAGGUUACCAUGGUGACACCCAGUCUUUAUAAUACAGUUGUGCCCUCUUGUGGGCCCUGCACGGGGCUGAACCUGCCUUCCCCUCCUCAGCCCCCCCUAAAGGAACGACCCAGGCAGGAAGAGGAAGCGCCAGAAUCCCCUCUUGGACUGGUGGCGUUACUGGCAGAACAAGGCAUUUCUGCACAGAGCCAAGGAGGGGCACCCAUGGUCUUGCCCCAGUUUAUUAGAGAUCCAGCUCCCUCCUCCUGGCUUUCUCCUUCCUUGGCUUCACUGUGGCACUACCGCUGGGACAGCUUUGCCGAUCGGACCUCAGGAGUGUGUCCGCUGCAGCGCAGGAAACCAGAGAAGCGCCGGGAUAGCAUCUUCAGCUUGAACCUGGUGGAGAAACUGCAGCAGCUGGGGCUCAACAAGGUGUUGGCUAGAGGGGAAGCGUCAUACAUAACCUCACGUCUGCAGGAACUCCACCAGAGAAAGAAACGUCCCUCUGGACUUAGCAACUGGCAGGAUCUGACACCGGUGGGGCCUCAGUGAAAAGGAAGGGGAGUCCUAUCGCCUGCUUUUUGAAAGAUGGACAAAACUCAGUUAUGUGGCUGGAGCUUUGGGAAGUUUGGUGCACUGGGAUGAGGGGCCCAAAAGUUCUGUUUAGAGCACUAUUUUCUCCAUUGCCUGCAAAUCAUUCUGUUGUUGGCAUAUCUACUACAGGGGUACAUUCCAUCUCCGCAUCUCCAUCCUAGGAAUUUCUUCUCCCCUCCCUCCUCCCCCCCAUUGCUGGUGGGACACUUCAGUAGAAAAGGCUGGACUGGGCAGGAGGAAUGAGACAUGCUGAGUAAAACUGCUUUGAAGCUGAUAACGACUUUUGGACUUUGGUGGUAUCCCCACCCCCACCCCCAUUUCUUCCACCUUUUGUGUCAAUCUCAUUCUUCUACAAUUGCACAAGUCACAGAGACUUCUGGAUUAGGAGGCAUGGGGUAGAAGGAGAAGACCAAACCCUUGAACAUCACAGCUAGAAAUGGUAGUGGACAGACUGAGUAUUGCUGAAAAAGAACUUUGUCGGGGACGAGAAGCAAAGAUUAGCAUAAGAGGAAAACGCGCCAGCUUUUCCACUUCACCUAAGCUCAUUGUUUUGAAAUGGGAUCUCUUUCCACCUAUCUCUGUCCCCUUUAUAUUUCUCAAUUUCUACCGAGAUGGCAGGCUAAGUAGAAAUUUGGGUGGGAAGUUUUAUUUAUUUUAUUGGGGGGCUGAUUGAGAGUACUCCUUAAAUCCAAUUCUCUUUUACUACCAAUACUGGUGUCCUUGACCUUUGUUAACUGUGACAUGGUUUCUGUGUCUUUAUCUUGCUGAACUCUGGGGAGAUCUUCUCACCUAAGACAUAAUCACAGUUUAUUGUAAAAACAGUGAAGAAAGUUCAUCAGGCUUUGGUUGCAGUUAUACUUCCUAACCAAGGAAUUGUUGCUUUUUCCUUUUUUUUUUUGGUGUCAGAGCAUGUUCUUUUGGGAAUGUAGAGUUCCCUGCUUCCUACUCUAGUUGAAAAAUUUCCAGCACUUUAUUCCCCCUUCCACUCCUCUGUAGUUUUAAUACAAGCUGGAUCUUUGUGUGUUUCAUCCAUGCUAAAGCAGGACUAGACCAUGUUCCUCCCAACUCCUCUUAAACUACUAUUCUUGUUCUUUUCAGAGUUGGGCCAAGUUUGCAAUGGCUUCCACAGGUGUUGUGUUUUUCUUCUCUUGAAAAGGAUGCCUGCAUUUUCCCAUUUAUGAAUGUUAAAUUAACUCAACUUCAUCCCUCUUGGACCUGUCUAGUUCUCUACUCCUUGCAUGCUUCUGUACAUGUGCUGCACAAAAAGCCUUUUGCACUCCUUCUCUGAAGGCCAGGAUCACCAGUUUGCACUCUUCCACAUUCACAGUUGUCUUCCUGUGACUCCCUUGGUGAAAUUAAAAGAUAUUGCUGUUGCCCUGAA